UGAUCUAUCAAGCCGGGCUGACUGCAAUAGGAAAUUUGUCUCCAAUAAAUGGUUUGGUGCCAUUGUUUUGAGUGGGAUCUUGUUUGGAAGACUUGCCUCCUAAUGGCCAAAAAGGAUUUUAUAGCAAAAUAGCUGGAGCUGUGCUUUGAAUUGAAAAAAUAUGAUAUUCAAUUUUGGUUGGAGUAGCAUGGUGGCGUAAUCAAGGAUUAUCUGAGGUCAUUUGGACAUGUUUUAGUUUAUGGUUGAUUUGCAUGUGCAAAAAUGGUAUUGUCUAACGAGACAAGAUCGAUCUUUCUAAAUGAUCAAAUGUGUUGUACUUAAAUAGAUCUAUUGUUAUACUUAUUGUGUGAAGUGGGUGAAUCUUUUAAAAUUGUUGAUGGUUUUUUGUUAUACAGGUUUUGAUUGUUAUACAUUUGAUUAAUGUUAUACAGGUUUUGAUUGUUAUACAUUUGAUUAAUGUUAUACAGGUAUAUGGUUUUUUUUUUUUUUUAAAUUGAGUAUUGCUAGCGAAUUUUAGGGUUUUGCAGGCGAUUCACCUUUGCCGACGGUUACUGAAAUCCAACCACCGGCAAAGUUAUGAAUUUGCCGCCGAAAAAAAUUGAACCUUUGUAGUGUGCCCAUCUCAUAUCCAAUUAAUUUUAAGUUGAAAAAUUCAAAACAAUGGAAAAAAGGUAAAGAGAUGGCUUUCACGAGAGAAGAAGUUACAAUUAAUGGGUAAUAGAAUGGAUGUGAUAUAAUAAGGCAUCGCGCUGUCAUUUAUAUAUAUAUAUAUAUAUAAUAUUAUAUAAUAAAUGAAACAAGCACUCGAGGAAGCUCUCAUAAAAUUUUAAGGGCCCCACUUAUAUAUAUAAUAAAAUAUAUAAUACAUUCAGAUUUUAAGGGUUUCAUAUAAAAUUUUACUUAGGGUUCCUAAAAUCUUAGGACUAACCCUGCCAAUUUUGAUAGACUGAGAAUGUUGAUGUCUCUUUUAUGAUAUUUGAGAUCCAACUUAGAUGACACGUGUACAUCUUGCAUAGGUCGAUUUUAGUUUUGAUAUUCUACUUGAGCUUGGUCUGGCUUAGGAAAGAAGGGUGUUUUAUAAACUCGAGAACAAAUUGGUUCUACUUAGAAUUGAGCUACCCGAUUCAAUUAGUAUUCUCUCCACUCAAGCUAAACCCAAUAAAUUUGGAAUAAUCCCCAUCUCUUAAUUUCUAGCAACAUGUUCUUAGAGGAUAAAAGAUAAUAUCUUAAAAAUUGUCAAGAAUAACUAUUCCUAAAUAUAGUAAAAAUUAUUAAUCUUAAGCAAAUAAUUAUCUUAAGGUACUAUAAGCAAAGAAAAAUCCAUCAUUCAGAGUAUGAUCAUGUUACAUGUACCGAUAAGAUGUACAAGUUUGAUGAUUGAAUCGAACUUCAUCUGAUGAUAAAGUCUGAUUGAUGAAACCUAUGAAGUAAACAUUUUUAAAUUAGGUGAGGAUAUUUUAAAAUUUUGACGCUUUCAGUCAUGCUCUCAAUAACCUAAUCAUUUAUACAAGUAACAUUUUUAUUCGAAGUAAACAUUUUCAACCAUAAUGCCGAGCUUUUUUACUUUGAUGUUAUCACUACGCUUGAGUUAGACGUCAAAGUGUCUUUCUUAAACAAUCCACCAUUCUCUUUUACCGUCUUUGGAAUGCAAGACUAUUUUUUUUGGAAUGGUUCACUUUGUAUGUAACAUAGCACAAUCCUCCAUGGAUUUUCCCGACGGAUUAGACUAUGGCCACUACAAGACAAGCUGUCACUGCGAAAACAACUUACCUUCCCGGCCAAGUGAUCGGAGUCACAUUGAUUAACCGUUUCUGCCUUGGCGAUAUAUGCUAAACCGGCGCAUCUUUGUAUAUAUAUCAAGGAUGCCAUCGAGAUUCAGAGAUUCCAUUAUUCUAGCUAAGAAUUAGUCCAUCGAUCCAGAAAUGGAGAGCAGUGCCGGAGGCCGAGACGGCGAUGAGAGGAUGGAGAACGGCGUCCUGCACAGCCUCGUCAGAGAGCCGACCGGCCGCGAAUUGACGAGAAGGAGCGGCAAAACAGCGGAGGAAGAAGGAAAGAUUGAACAGGAUGGAGCGGGAGGAGGAGGAGAGUCGAUCGAGAUGGUGUUCAAGGAGCAGGAGGUGCCGACAUGGCGGGAGCAGCUGACGGCCAGGGCCUUCGCGGUGAGCUUCGUGCUGGGGGUUUUGUUCAGCUUCGUGGUGAUGAAGCUGAAUCUGACCAGUGGGAUCAUCCCAUCUCUGAAUGUGUCGGCGGGGCUGUUAGGGUUUUUUUUCGUGAAGAGUUGGACGGCGUUGUUGGAGAGAUCAGGGUGGCUGAAACAGCCUUUCACCAGGCAGGAGAAUACCGUCAUCCAGACUUGUGUUGUUGCCACCUCUGGCAUUGCCUAUAGCGGAGGCUUUGGGAGCUACCUCUUUGGGAUGAGUAGUGCUAUUGCAAACCAAAGUGAAACAGACACCAUUGAUCAGAAAAACAUUAAGAACCCUAGUUUGUCAUGGAUGAUCCCGUUUCUCUUCAUUGUUAGCUUUCUUGGCCUCUUCUCUGUUGUGCCUCUUCGAAAGAUAAUGAUCAUAGACUUCAAACUCACGUACCCAAGUGGAACAGCCACCGCCCAUCUUAUUAACAGUUUCCAUACUCCCCAGGGGGCCAAGCUAGCCAAGAGACAAGUGAGGACACUGAGCAAGUUCUUCUCCUUGAGCUUCUUGUGGGGCUUUUUCCAGUGGUUCUUCACUGGAGGGGAAGUCUGCGGAUUUCAGUACUUUCCAACAUUUGGCCUCAAAGCUUUUGACAACAGCUUCUACUUCAACUUCUCUCCUACAUAUGUGGGGGCUGGGAUGAUCUGCCCAUACAUCAUAAACGUCUCCUUGUUGAUUGGAGCAAUUCUUUCCUGGGGUCUAAUGUGGCCUCUCAUUCAGAACAGAAGCGGUGACUGGUUCACUGACACCAGCCAGAAGAGCCUCCAUGGCAUCAACGGUUACAGGGUUUUCAUUGCCAUUGCCAUGAUUCUUGGAGAUGGGCUCUACAACUUCCUCAAAGUUCUGAGCCGCACAAUUGUUGGGUUAUAUCAACAUCUUAGCCAAAAAGGUGGGGUUCUUCCACUGGCUGAUCGCCAAUCUCCUGAACUACAGCCUUCCUCCUUUGAUGAGCAGCGAAGGACACAACUCUUUCUCAAAGACCAAAUCCCAACAUGGCUAGCCAUUGCUGGCUAUGUCCUCAUUGCUGCUGUUUCUGCUGCCUCUCUUCCCCACAUCUUCCCCCAACUGGAAUGGUACUAUGUCUUGGUCAUCUACAUCUUUGCCCCAACAAUGGCUUUCUGCAAUGCAUAUGGCUGUGGGCUUACUGAUUGGUCCCUCGCCUCAACGUACGGCAAGCUCGCCAUCUUCACCAUCGGGGCGUGGGCCGGGCAGUCCCAUGGCGGCAUCAUCGCCGGCCUUGCCGCCUGCGGGGUGAUGAUGAACAUUGUCUCCACAGCCUCUGACCUAAUGCAGGACUUCAAAACUGGGUACCUGACACUGGCAUCCCCAAGAUCAAUGUUUGUGAGCCAAGUGAUUGGCACUGCAAUGGGCUGCCUAAUCUCCCCUUGUGUUUUUUGGAUCUUCUACAAAGCUUUUCCAGACAUGGGCCAAACUGGGUCAGAGUACCCUGCGCCUUUUGCUCUGGCUUACAGAAACAUGGCACUAUUGGGUGUAGAAGGCUUCUCAUCCUUGCCCAAGCACUGCCUCCUGCUUUGCUAUGUGUUCUUUGCAGCAGCAGUAGCCAUCAAUGCCAUCAGAGACACAGCACCAAAGAGAUGGGCAAAACUCAUUCCCCUUCCAAUGGCAAUGGCAAUUCCCUUCUUCAUUGGAGCUUACUUCACCAUUGACAUGUGCCUUGGGAGCUUGAUACUCUUCAUCUGGGAGAAGAUGAACAAGGCCGAAGCUAAAGCAUUUGGCCCUGCAGUAGCAUCCGGACUGAUCUGUGGGGAUGGAAUAUGGAUCUUGCCCAGUUCAAUACUAGCUUUAGCCAAAGUGAAGCCACCAAUCUGCAUGCAGUUAUCAAGGGGGGAAAAUGAAAAGAUUGACUCAAGUCUUGAGGUUCUCAAGUCCCAGCUAGCCUUCUAGCUACUCAAAAUCUCAUAUAAUGUAGCUCUAAU